UGACGAAGCAAUUAUUGUGCGCUGAGAACUUGUUGUUGUUUGUGUUGUUGGCUGGUUGUUGUUGGGAGGAUAGGACACCACCGCGACGAUGAUGUUGAUGGGGUUGUUGCGACAGUUGAUCCUGGUUGUGGUUACACUGGCCGCUUCCAGCAUCUACAUCAUCUCCUCCGGGGUUAAGCGGGCCUGGCGAGCACUGAUACCAUGGCGGUGGGACCAAACCCGACUGGAACGCCGGCUGCAGCAGGCGGAGAGCUAUCGGGAGUGGGAGAAGACGGCGUUGGAGCUGGACGAGAUGCGGGGUAACAACUUGUGGAAGCUGGACCCAGAGGCGCCAAAGUACUAUGACGCCAAGGGUAUUCAGCAGCGCCUGCGCCGGUUGCACCGCGCACGUUCAAAAGGCAACAUUGACAUGCUCAUGCACUUGCUCCCGGAGGUGCUGGCACGUAACCUCUGCGGCCUGGGCAACCUGGGCCUCUACCGACACUGCACUGUGGGCACGAAGAAGCUCAUCGAGGACUACAUUGACGAGGUUGUCUGCUGCAUCCGUGAGAUCACCUAUGCAAACACCCUCACUCCGUCUGCCAAGAUGGAGUUUCUCAAUCGAUCCGUGCAAGCUUAUGGCCGCUCCGCCCUCUUAUUCAGCGGCGGCCUCUCCUUCGGCAUGUACCACUGGGGCGUGAUCAAGUGCCUGUUCGAAGAGAACCUCCUGCCGCCUGUCAUUUGCGGCUCGUCCAUCGGCGCCCUCUUCGCUGCUGUGCUCGGCAUCUACAACGACUCGCAGCUCUCUGCCAUGUUUGAUGACCCCGAAGCCAUUGAUCUCUCCGCCUUUGAGCGCCUUGGUCCCAAGGGAUGGAAGCGAAAGCUCGUUCGGCUGUUUACGGACGAUGUGCUGAUGGACAUUUCAAAGCUCGAGGAGUUUUGCCGCACCAACCUCGGCGACUACACCUUUGACGAGGCGUACAGGAAGACGGGCCGCGUCAUCAACAUCGUCCUGACACACACCACACACUCGGGAUACCCAUCGCUCCUCAACUACAGAACGGCGCCCAACGUGCUGCUGUGGUCGGCCGCGAGCGCGUCGUGCGCCCAGCCAGGCCUCUACGCGCCCGUUCCGCUGUACGCAAAGGACGUGGGCGGUGGAAUUGUCAUCCUGCACGAGGAGCACGUGGCGGAAUCGUGGUCCUCUCGAACCGUUCACCACCCGCAACUGCCCAUGCAGCAGCUGCGUGAAAACUUUAACGUCAACCACCUCAUCGUCUCCCAGGUGAACCCGCACGUGAUUCCGUUCCUGCGGUCGCUGCACUCGUCGUCGCGUGUGCACAUCUUGCAUCAGGCAGCAGUCCUCCUCGGCGAAGAAAUUGUCCACCGCGUGCGCCAAGUCGUGCAGUUUGGCUACCUGACAAAGUCGCUGGCAUGGCUGCGAGCAGACCUCCUCCAGCCCGUGGAAGGAAACAUCACCAUCAUCCCGCGACUGACACUCACAUCGCUGAAGAAGAUUGUGUCCAACCCAAACCGUCACGACCUGCACUACUUCCGCGCAGAGGGGGAGCGCAGCGUGUAUCCGUACUUGGCCAUCAUCCGCACGCGCUGCCGCAUCGAAAUGGCGCUCAACGACUGCCUAAAGCAAGCGCAGGAGAUGGUGCACGCGGCACAGAACCUCAGCCUGCUCCACGCAUCCAUGGACUCGCCCACGCAGACACCGCGCUCGCGUCGCAGUCCGCUCAUUGUCACGCCGCCAACGCAGGCCAACAUCCCACCGCGCCGCAGGGCAGCACCACCGGAGAGCCCAACCAUCCAGCGCUCGCCACACCGCCUUCGCCGCGCAAACACGGUUGGGUCUGCACAGGCGGCGCCAACCCUCGCCACCCUGUAUGCAAAUGGAUACCUCUCUGGUGAUGAUGAACAAGCGGGCGGCACCGGUGCGCGUGUGCAGAUUCCGGCGCUCGCUGAGCGGCUACUGCGCACGCCGUUCUCGCUCACACCGCAGGCCGCACCGCCAACGUCCCCAACAAGACACAGCCCAACCAGCACCCCGCCACUGCACACCACAGGCACCGCCAGCCAGCAACAACACGACCAACACUACCAACAAUUACAGCAGCAGCGGCAACACCAUCUACGUGCACCAACGACGCCACCAUCGAAGCUGCUGGCUGCACCCCGCCGCAACGGUGUUGGCCCGCUGUCGGCUUCAUUCAACAACGCAGCCCGACACCACUUGCUCGCCCCGCGCUCAGCGCCAGCAUCCGUCAGUCAACUCGGACGCUACCGGGCCCGCAGACGAAAGAUCGGUGGGAGGACGACAGGCUGCGGCGAUGAUUAUGACGAUGAUGAUGACGAUGAUGACGCAACCACAGUGCACAGCAUCAGCACCCAGCUGAGUUUGGAUUAGCGCACAUGUGUGAUGUGUGUGCAUUUUGUGUUUGUGUGUGUCUGUCUGUGUGUGUGUGUCUGUCUGUGUGUGUGUCUGUGUGUCU